ACACCUGAAGAGACAAAAAGAUCAUUAAAGAGAAUAAAACCUCAAAUGAAUAAAUUUUUGGGUAAAGAAAAUAGAUUUUUAAUUUUUUUUUACCUGGAGAGAGCUGCACAGCCAACAACAUCAUAAUCAAUCUUGGAGAAGAUGUCCUGGAUGGCGGCACACUCGAAGUCUGACCAUUUGACCAUUUUGGAGUUUUUGUUUGCUCGCUCCCUUUGUCUGGUGUGGGUCAGCAGGCCCAGGAGAUCCACUUUAUAAACAUCCAGCUGUGCUCCUCCCAUAGUUAUCAGAUGGGUGGAGUUGAGGGAAACUCACAUCUUCCCUUCUUGAUACAUCGAUUUUAAUAACUGAUGGAAAACACUGAAUAUCUAUGAAGCCAAUAGUGCAUGAUGAUCAGCAAAAGGUCUUUGAGCAUGAUAAUUAUUUUAUGACUGAUUCAACACUGUUUUAUCAAUGAAACAAUGUCUGGGACUGAAGACAUCAGAUCAGUUAUUGUUUCAUUGUAUGAGUCUAACUUAAUAAAAUAGAAAUAUGAAUGUCGGACCAAGGGAUAUGCAACUGAGUUUGAGUACUUUUUUUAAAAUGUAGCAAAGAAUCUGAUCCUAAAGCUUUGGAAGCCCAGAUCUAACUAUGCCCAGACAGGGUAAUUAAUAUGUAUAUAAAAUCUGCAAAUAUUCAUUAUUUGCAGACUUUAUUGCCCACAUUUUAUUGCCUUGUUCAGAGACAUUACACUCUUUUCAUUUAUGGAGGAAUAAUGAAUAAAAUAAAUAAUUAGCUGACAUCUACCAGAGCAAAUUUAUAAAGUAUAUAUGUAGACAUAUUCUUAAAUAUCUUAAUUAUUUGUAUUUUGUUUUGCUGAAACUCUUUGUGAACAACUCAUAAGAAUAAAAGUUAUAUAAAACUACAUUACUGCUUUAUGUUGAUAAAUGUAACUUUUCUUGUUAUUUGCAUAGUCACCCAUUUGUAACUUGUGGUGUUUGAUUCUUGCAUGGGUCCUCAGAGUGACCGUUACUGUUCGGUUUUAUCCUUAUCUCAUUUCUCAGCUGGAACACCUCUGAGUGCAGAUAACCUCAGAGGUGACCAGGGUGUGUCCCUGUCCUCUUCCAUCUAUAAAACCUCCUAUUCUCGUGCUGAAACUUCACAUUCAAACUUAAUCAUCAGACAAGAUGAGUCUCUCUGCAAAGGACAAGGCAACAGUGAAGACCUUCUGGGCCAAGAUCUCUUCCAGUGGCGAGGAAAUCGGCACCGAUGCUCUGUCCAGGAUGCUGGUGGUUUACCCACAGACCAAGACCUACUUCUCCCACUGGAAGGACCUGAGCCCCGGCUCGGCCCCGGUGGUGAAGCACGGGGCCACAGUGAUGGCUGGAGUUGGUGACGCUGUGGCCAAAAUCGACGACCUGACAUCAGGGCUCCUUAGCCUCAGUGAGCUGCAUGCCUUCACUCUGAGAGUGGACCCCUCAAACUUCAAAAUUCUCUCCCACAACAUCCUUGUGGUUUUGGCCAUCAUGUUCCCCACCGACUUCACUCCUGAGGUCCAUGUGGCCAUGGACAAGUUCCUGGCUGCUGUGGCCCGUGCACUGUCCGAGAAGUACAGAUGAACAGCAAAUAAAGCAGGAAGCGACGGACAACAUGGACCCCUUGUUUUGUCUGUUUUCAACCUUAAUAAAAUAAAUAAAUAAGUAAAAAUCUGA